AUGCCAUGCACCGUGCCAUGCACCGUGCUCCGCACCGGCAGCCACCCGCACCGCGCCACGCACCGUGCAGCACCGGAGCACCCCGCAGACGGGCCGGGGCAGGGCAGCCAGGCGGAGCUGCUGCAGCCGGGGAGAGCCGCCCGCCGCCGCGCCGCGCCGCGCCCCGGCCCCGCCGCCACGCUCCGCCCGACACGUGCCGCGCCGCGCUGGCGGCGGGCGGCGCUGCUCCCCGGCCUCCCGCCGGCCCGGCCCGCUCCGCACCGCCCGCCGCCGCUGCCGGGCUGCCGCCGCUUACCGGGGGGGCUGCGGGGCGGCGGCGCGGGGCUGCGGCGGGGCGGGAGCCGGGGGGCGCGGGCCCCGCCGAGCGGGAGGGGGACGCUGGGGCGGGCUCCAUGGCAACCGGAUGUGAGCGGCGGCCGCCUCGCUGGUGCGGCGGAAGGGCGCGCCUCGGCGGUAACGCGGAAGAGCGGCGGCGCGGCGGCGGGACCGGCCGUGCCGGGCCGUGCCGAACCGGGCCGGUCCGGGGUCCCCUCGGCCUCUCCGCUGCAGAUGGCGGCGGCGGAGACGCUGGUGCGCGGCCUGGCGCGGCUGCUGCAGGACGCGGGGGACCUCGUCCUGGACGGCUCCAGCACGCUGACGCUGCUCACCUCCACCCUGCAGCACCUCACGGAGGUCUUCGAGCAGCACCUGGGUUCCCGCAACCAGAACCGGGGCUUCGUGGCGCUGCCCUCGCACCCCGCCGAGACAGCCGCCAUCCUCCAGGCGCAGUUCCUCUUCGACGUCCUGCAGAAGACUCACUCUCUGAAGCUUGUUCAUGUUCCAAACUGUGUUUUGCAAUCUGCUGUGAAGAUCUUCCCUUUCAAGUCCCUCCGGCAUCUGGAAUUGAGGUCUGUCCCUCCACACUGCCUUCGGGGACUUCGAUUUGUCUAUUCUCAGCUGGAAUCUCUCACCUGUUGCAAAUGUAUCAGUACACUGGAGGAAAUAAUUUCAGCAUGUGGUGGAGAUCUGAGCUGUGCUCUCCCGUGGUUGGAACUGCAGACUAUGAACUUCAGCUAUAAUUCAAUUACUACCUUGGAUGACUCACUGCAAUUACUGAAUGCUCUGAGGGUCUUGGAUUUGAGUCACAACAAGAUCCAGGAUUGUGAGCACUAUUUAACGGCCCUUACAGAGCUAGAAUACCUCAAUCUGGCAUACAACUUCCUGUCCAAGGUGCCAAACCUUGGCAUCUUCAGCCGAUCCAAGCUGGUGACUCUGAUCCUGCGCAACAAUGAGCUCGACAGUAUUAAUGGGGUGGAACAGCUUGUGAAUCUGCAGCACCUAGAUGUGGCCUAUAACCUGCUUCUGGAACAUGCCCAGCUGGCACCAUUGUCCACUCUGCACUAUUUAAAAAAACUGCAUUUGGAGGGAAACCCAAUAUGGUUCCAUCAACAUCAUCGAUCUGCAGCCCUUGUCCAUGUGUCUCCCAGGGCAGCCUUCGCCAAUUUCUUCUUGGACGGGGAGCCACUCUCUUCCUCAGACCUAAUGCACCUUCCAAGACGUGUGCAAAGUGUGUCCCAGUCCAUCCACACCUCUACCUCAGAGAAGACUGCACUGGACCGCAGUGCACUGGAGAGCUCCUGUGCUGCAGACUUCAGUGACAGUCAGUCCCCAUCAGAGAAUGUGGCCAUCAGGGUCCCUCGAAAGAAAAGCAAGGGAAAAGUCAAAGUGCGCAGGGCAAGUAUUUCAGAACCAAGUGACACAGAACACGAGCCCCAGGCAUUACCCCUCUCUGCUGGUCUGGUCCUGGAGCAUCAGAAGGAGAUGAAGCGCUUGGCCAGCUUCAGAGACCGCUUUGGUGCUGACUGGCUACAGUACAAGAGACACCUGGAGGAGCAUGACCAAGUACCCGUCAUGUCCCGCAGCCGUUCUGCAGAUGAGAUCACAGGCAGACCUGCUGUCAUGGACUUGCAGAAUGAGAGCUCUGACCCAGAGCAAGAAAAGCCCCAAGGAUCCUCUCCUCCUUUGGAUGACACUGUAAAGGAGGAAGAACCUGAAGUACAGCUGGAUGAGCCUGUGGAAGGAGAACAGAGAGGAGAAGAGGAGGCAGAUGAGCUAAUGCUUGGAGAGGAAGAAGAGGAGAAGGUAGAAGUGGACCUGUGCCAGCCAGUGCUGGUGAGCCAAAUAGAAGGUGAAGGGGACCCAGAGCCAGACUGGAUCUUCCUGCGAGUCACAGCUAAGCAUGUGAUUGAGGUGGAACUGAAGGCUGCCAGAGUCCUCCACAAGCUGGAGCUGAAAUGCCUGAAGAAUGUGGAAACCUCUGAGUUGACCUGGAAGAGGAUGGACCUGGAGCGAGUUUUCCCUGUCCUCACAUUGCACUUCAGCUACAUUCGCAAGGACCGGCAGAAGCGCAAAUAUGUGGUGCUUGAUGACUGCCCAGAGCAGUGUCUGCAGUGCAUCCUUGAAGUAUUGUCCCCAGUUGUUGAGGAGAAUCGGCGAAAUCAGCACCAAGAGAAAGGAUCCAUGAAACUCCAGUGCCUGAAAUGCAAGCAGGAGUUUUCACAGUCCCUGGCCUCCUGGCAUCAAGGUUCCUAUCCUUCAGAGCUUGGAGACAGCAAAAUUCUGGAGACCCUAGUUGCCUCAGAUCAAGGUCCUGCAGCUGGUGAGCCCAUAGCCUGUCCCAGUUGUUCCAGUGACCAUGUGGUCAUUCUGCCUUCAGAGGAGUGCUGCAGCACACCUUUGCCUCCUGGUGCCGACAGCACGAGUGAGGACCUGUCAGACUCUGUGCUGGAGGGAGGCAGCCAGCAGGACUGCCCAGAGGAAACAUCUGUCCUGGCCAGUGAGAGUGGGAAGUUCUACAUUGGUGGGGAGGAAAGCUCGGAGAUAGACACCAGCAACAGCACCAGGACCCCGGAGCUGAGCGCUGAGCCUGACAGCACCCUUUAUCACACCCCCCAUGGAUCAGAUGGUGGCUGUGGGAAAGAGCAGAGUGUGAAGAGCCAGUACUUGUCCCUCAGCCACACAGACACCAACGGGGGCAGCCUGAUGGGAAGCUACCAUUAUAGUGUUUCUCGGGGGCCCACUCCUUCCCCGCUCUCUUUGAACUCUGAGUCCGAGGAAACAUGGAAUCUCAGUCCUUCUGUAAACAGCGUCCUGAACACAAGGGACUUCCGAGCAGUGGAUCAUCGCCUGAAGCUGUACCUGGACAUGGAAGUUUUUGAGGAGAAUGCUGAGGAGUUCCAGUGCUUCCUCAAGGUGGUCAUGGUGAAGUUUGGUCGGCAAGGAGAGUUCCUCUCAAUCCUGGUUGCUUCUGAUGUCAAAAUUUAUGUGCUGGAAGUCACCAGAGCUAUCAGGGGACAACCUGCAGACUGGCUGAAGAAGAAUGACUCACACUACCUGUCUGAUAUUUCUCAUCUGGAAGUGGGACUCUGCCACCAGAGCUUGCGAAUGGAGUUUGAGAAUCCAAAAACUUCCUACAAUCUGCUGAUCCGGAACCAGAGCUGCUGUGACCAGUUCUUGCAGACCCUGACAGAUCUCAUGCAAGAACUGCCUGCUAAGCACAGGAGUAAGGUGAAGGAAAUCCCCACUGUGGAAAUGAAUCCCCAACACUGGCUAUGGCCUCUGCUGGACUCCAAGACCACAGAUUCUGCAGCUGCAGGUGACAGUUGUUUCUUCUACCUGCUGGCCUACCUAAUCCAAGGGACAUCUGCUUUCCCUGUGACCCUGCUGAGUACCCGAAGCAUGCUAUUUCUGCUGGAGGAGAGUCACCAGUGGCAGGUGCAGCCCUCCUUGGAUGAAGACCAUGAGGCAGAAAUGCUUCCUAGGAGCAACAUCCAGUUGAAGGAGAAGCAGCCAAUCACCAGUAUUAGCAAUAUCAUAACCUAUCGCCUCUGUCCUUGUGACAUCAAGCUGAUGCUUUAUGAUGAGGUACUGAAGCUGGAGAGCACUUGGCACAUCCGCACAGAGUGCCCUGAGCUCCUGGCAGAGCUAGUGGAGUGGAUCCGUGGGCCCUGGGAGGAGAUGUUCUCAAUCGAGCUCCAGAAGGUUGUGUAUGAGGCACUGGAGUGAGCCUGGUGACUGAAGCAGGCAGGACUUGGAGUCAAGUGCUGCUGUGCCAGCAAUGGUGCACAAGUGUCUCCCACUCCCAUCUGACCUUGCUGUUCUGUGGCCUCUGCUUUCCACUCUACUCUUGCCCCUGGCCCUUUCUGGUGAGUAAGAGGGGAGCACAUGAUAGUUCAGACUGUACAGUCAUUUAUUUGCACUGGACUGGCCACUGAAGGAGAAGGUGGAGAGUGUUCUGUGUAAUAGUACGUAAGCUACCCAAAGGCAGUCAGGUGCCAUUUCUGGCAGCUGCAUUUGCUGCCUUCUUAGCUGUCUCAGGACAGCUAUCAUUAUAUGCUGAUGAUUUUUUUUCCUCUCCCUCCUUCUUGUCCAUGGUUUCCCUCAAGCUACCUGUUUCAAACAGGAGCCUGAUUGCACAAGGGGAUGAAGCAUGUUGUACACAACCCCACAGAGAGCCCUUACCUGUCUGCCUGGUGGGGCAUGGCUCAAUCUGCUGCUGUAGUCUUUCACUGUCACUGGGAGGAAGAAGCCUCGAGUUUCUCAGCACAGAAAUGUGUUGCUCAUUGCUUAGGGUCAGGGCCUUUAUGGGCACCAGCAGGUAUAAGCGAGGCUUAGGCUUUUUCUGAGCAGUCCAAAAGCAAGAGUCUAUUUUAACAUGAGUUUUACUAUUUUCUAUUGUAAUAAAAGCUUAUAUUUAUUGAA